AUGAGUAGCCACGGCGAGCGAUAUCUCUCCGCCCUUCGGAACAAACCUCUGGAGCCAAUUUCGCGCCUGGCUCCCUACUGCGGCCUGAUCAUCUCGACGAUAUUUGUGAUUCUCUUUUUUACUCGCUACCACCUUUUGGAAAGAUGCCUGAUUCCGCGGCUCUAUGGCCGCGUAUAUACAGAUCUCAGCGAUCUCAACCGCCGUGGCUUCAUCAACCAUCAUAUCGCCGGGGCCACGAAGGCCAUUAUUCUGGUGUUGGCUAUAUAUCCGUUUGUCGCGGUUGUGUCGGGACGAGCAGCUUUUCGGACGCCUUUUGCUCCGGGCUCGCGUACAACUCUGGGUGACAUGUUAAUCAUAGCCGCUCAGAUGCUGAUUGCUAUGUACAUUUUUGAGCUCAUCUACCGAGUCAGAGUAUCGCCGGUCGCUAUGCUGCACCAUAUUGGAACAGUGCUUAUUGGCCAAGCUGUGAUCGCCCUCAGCUUGGGCUCGUCGAGAAAACCACACCCAAAUCUCGAGUUCGUCCUCUGCGUUAUGUGGGGUGCCUUCGACAUUGUGUUCGAGAUGUUCCCCCACGUUGCCAUUAUUCUCUACCGCAUAUAUCCUAACGACCAUCGCUUCCUGAGCCGCGUCUUCCUCUUCUCGUGUAUCACGACGGCUGUCGGCACCACCUGUGAAACGAUAGUGAUCAUGUUUUUCCUGGGGUGCUUGUGGAACAAGUGGCUGCUGGCGUUUAAGAUCGCGGCACCGUUGCUCCACUGUGCCUUCUCGGCAGCUCAGAUCCAUGGCAGCACUGUAUUCUGGACCAUGUAUAAGCGACAGGAGCGCUUAUUAAACGGCGAAGGUGCGCGCGACGCUGAGCGUGGAGAAAUGACCGAACGAACGGAGCCGAAGGACGACUAUGGGAGCCCCCCAAAUUCGAGUCCUUCGGCUCGCCCAGCGUGA